AUGCCAUCCCUACUCACCCUGCCUGCUGAAUUGCGAAACCAGAUCUACGACCUUUUGUUCAUCGAAUCAUGUCCAUACACCUUGACAAUCAACGACCCCUCCCGCUCGCAACAAAGCCUCGCCGACUUUGGCAAACCAACGAAUCUAGAUGAAAUCUCCUCGGCACCUGCUCAACCUUUACUCCUGACAUGCCGUCAGAUGCAUAGGNAAACCCAGCUGCUACAUCUCCAACGCACCUCGUUCACAGUCGGCGGCCUCUACGCUGACCCAGAAGCCUUCGCGCGCCUGUGCACUGCCAAUCUUUCACCGUCACUGGCGAAGCAGCUCCGACAUAUCACGCUGGUCGGACGCAUCAAUCGUCUACGCGCCCUCAACGAGUGUUGGAAUGGUGUACCCUUUGGAAACCCACACCUGUCGCUCGAGACAUUGGUCCUCGUUCCCCGACGUCCUGCGCAAUACGAUCGGCAUUACGCCGAGAUAGCAGACUUGGACUCGGCACAUACCUUGUCAUAUACCUUGUCCGAGACUCUCAAGAACUUGCACAAUGUCGAAAGAGUAGUAGUGAGGAACGAGGAUGAUUGCUUCAAUGAUGUCGUGUGGAAGGUUAUAUAUAGAAGCCUGAUAAGUCGACUGCUGAGGUGGGGUGGGAAGUUGUGUAGUUGUAGGUUCAGAGAGGGCGAUGGUUGGUUUGAGAUCCUUGUCGAUGGCCGAGAUGCCGACCCCGAGGUCUAUAGUGAUGCCGAUACCGUAUUCCAGCGUAUAAUCGGUUGA